AUGCCUUCAUUUCGUGGCAUAAACGUUUCCAUCCUCGCAGAACUGGAGGUCGGGAAGCUGCCCGAGUACCCCCAUCCCGAUGGAUCGUCUGUUCACCUGGGCCCUUCAGACAACGUCCAUCAAGACCCAACACGAGUAUCAAAGGUCAGUCCCACGAUUUCGGUCUACAUUCCGUCCGUGCCAGGUGCCCAGUUCUGGAUCAGCUACAUUGUCGAACAAAAGCCAAAUCCUCCCAGUCACCUGUUCUUCAAAUUGUUCAUGAAUGGAAGACAUAUCACGUCGUGGGGCAUCAACCCCGAGGUCAAGAGCAAGGGGCGGGUAGAAAAAGCUCUGUACGAGCCUAGUGAUCGCUGGAAUCACGAAGAAGACGGCACGAUUAUGAAACCCGACGGAAUCGAAGCCAGAUAUUUCCAUUUUGUGGGAGGCCAGGAGGAGAAGUCUGUCGCAGAGGACGGUGGACUCAUCGAAAUCCAAGUAUUUCGAGCCAAGGGCCGAAAGAGAAGAGCUGCUAAGCUGGAUCAAUACAGACAUCAGGAGAAAUAUGGCAUCGCCGCACCAAGCGGCGGAUUGCUAGAUAACCCGCAAGAUGUUUCCUUCUACGACUUCUACCUCAUUGACCCAAAAGAUGCGCCCUUCGCCAGCUUUCGACUCCAUUAUCGCUCUUGGUCAAACCUCCGCGAGCUAAACCUGAUUCCCGCCGAUGACUCGAGCAUCUUCGAAACAUUCUCUACCAGCACAUUUACCGACAGCGUCGACCCCACACCUGACGCCAGCAUUGAUGACACACCCUUGGAGCGAGGUUUACCUCAAACCGAAACUGUUUGUUUUGAUGCUGAUGAAUCGGUCUUUGACGACGACAGCUUCAGUGAAGAGCAAAAGGGGAUGGUGGAGUGCAGCAAGCCUCGAAAGGAGAAAACGUUUGUGCUCAGGACUCCGCCACAGUUGCGACCAGGAUCAGGAACAAGCCAGAAACUGCCCCAGCCCAGCAAGUCCCUUAGGGACGGGCCUACCGAUGGCAUACCCGAAUGGUAUCUCCAACGUCCCUUGCCGGACCUGCCACUACCAGAAUUACCAGUUGGUGUGCCAAACGAAUCCUACGGCCCUUCGCGGAAGACAUCCACUGCAUCUAUCGCAGCUUCACUUCUGAGCUACGUCAAGGACGCUUCAUUCUUGGACGAAUCUGUUAAGUAUGGCCACGCCCAGGAGGUUCCGGUGUACAAGACCAAGUCAAAUGCUUCUCUUGAUCGCGAUCAGCCCCCGCCAGAUUGCAGCGACCUGUCAGUCUCGGACUACGAAUGUUAUCUGUCAUCCGAUGAUGACUUGAGAGUAAACCAGUCCCAGUCGGCCUUGUCAGAGAACCAUCCAGUCAGUAUGGGAAAAAUGUCGGAAAACAACACAGAUUUCUUAGACAACAAUAAUGGGUCGUCAAUGAUGGGAGAUGGAAAGACCGCCGGUUCGAAGGCUAGCAAGCCAGUGGUGACGGUUGGAGAGAAGGGUAUCGACUUUUCCAGGUUUCCGCACCUUCAACUUGACGAGUGGGAAUGGAUUCGCCGGUCGCCUUCUCCCAAGGUUUCACCCCGCCGAGUGCUCAGCCCAAGGCUUGGUCGGCUCUGGGACACCCUGCGCCGGAACCGGUCUCGUUCACCCCUCAGGCAGCCGCUGUGCGAGGCGCCUGUUCGCAACUAUUCGACACCUCACCUAUUCGCACCAGAUGGGAAGGAGAAGCAUGGCAAUUGGAUCUAG